CAUCACUUGCAUCAGGUGCUUGCGGGGUAAACUCAUUGUGCAGGCACUCAACAUUUGACAUUGCAACUGCAUAUCUUGGUCGUUUGGCUCGACCCAUUUUGCACAAGGGUCAGCAACGAGUUUCAGGCAUCAUUCCGCAACUUUAGCUUUCUUCAAUGCUUUGCGAGCCUUAUUUUGCUUGAAUCAUGUGCUUUCAAUCCUUGAAAGUCGUUUGGAUCAAAUGGUGCAUAACCUGAGGCGUCCUGUCCGGCUGUUCGCUUCAGGCAGCUUGGAAUGCUCGAUGAUGCCUUUGCAAUUCGAGAUGGGCUCCAUUUGCCGUUGCGUGCUGAUAUUGGACUCUACCCCGCACAGGCAUUUCGAGAAGGAGCCCAGGCGCUUGCCCUGUAACCACCGGAAACCGAAGAAGAAAAGGGUGACUGGCGAGAAGGAGAGCAACGCGGUGCAGAGCGGCAAGAAGCCUAUCUUAAGAACUAUGGCAAAAUGGUUGGCGCCACUUGCGAAUGGUCCUGAAGCGGAUGCAACGUCGACUAGGUCAAGCGAAUGCCCGAUUAUCAUUCGUGCUUCGUCGCGGCAAGAGUGCAGCAACUUCACCGUCGAAAAUGCACGAGUUCCGGAUCGGUGAGGCCGGGCAUCAUUUCCAUGUGCCCUUGUUGGAGUGUUCUCUAGUUAUCGGGUGCUCGGGGUCUGCCUGGGUAUCUCGGCUGCCACCACGAGCAGCAGAUUGAGGCCUGGGGUUGAUUUUUCAGCUGAAAAUGCAGUGCAUCAUAGUGCAUCUUUUCCCGGGCAUUUUUCGCUGCAAAACUGAAGGAACAACGCGUGCGAACAGGUGCGACUUGGAGCACGGCAACGAUGGCAAGCAUGCAUUGGCGAGUGUUGAUUUUCAUGGGCAGUCAUGCGUCAGUUGACUUGCCUUGCCUGCUGCCUACAAUGUGGGACUAGUGACUAAUGCGGAAAUUGCUGGUCAGUGGUCGAAGAAUGUCUUGGUGAGUUUGGGGGCAAGAGCAGGCCAUUGCUUCUAGAGCGCACGGAUGGAGCAGAGAAUUGGGGUUCUCCUUGGCGUUCACUUCGGAGAAACAAGUGCCUCUGCCUUUGAUCAAUUUAGUCUCAAGUUCUCAGCCUGCAGCUGAAGAGGGUUUAGCGACGUG